UUUGACGUUCCGUCAAAACGACUUGUCAUCUCCUCCAUGACACUCGACGCCAUCGCGGGCAAUUUUCUUUCUUAUAAGGGUUUUUUUUUUUAUCCCAAAUUCACAACUCACAAAAUAUUUUUUUUUUCUUCCCUGACGGACGUUUACGCUUUCAGGGAACGGGGCUGAGCGGACUCACACAAUGUCACUCAGCUUCCCCAUUUAUACGUGCGGCGAUAAGAUUGUCACAAGUGUGCAAGAAGCUCACGAAGCAGACGCGUCUGUUGGGACUUCAGGAUGGGGAACGUGAUGCGCGGCAUGAGCGCCCGCAACAAACUUGACGGCAUCGAUAGCAGCAGUCUUGGGAUAGACCCAGAGGAAGACAUGGUGGUUGUGCUUGCCGACUACCCACCUCCUGACGUCAGCGAGCCCAUCUUCAGGAUCGGGGAGAAACUUGGCAUUGUUGCUCAGCUGGGGUACUGGUGGAAGGUCCGUUCGCUCCAGACAGGAAAAGAAAACUAUAUCCCUGGGAUCCAUGUGGGCAAAGUGUAUCACAGGUGGCUUUUUGAGGGGGUGACGAGACAGAAGGCAGAGGAGCUUCUACUUCUACCCGGAAACAGGGUCGGCUCAUUCCUGGUACGGGAGAGCUCCACAGAGCAGGGGGCGUACGUGCUUUCCGUAAAGCACAGCGUGAUACGGCACUAUCGUAUAUGCCGACUGGACAACAGCUGGUACUACAUCUCCCCUGGCCUUACCUUCCAGUGCCUGGAAGAUAUGAUCAACCACUACUCUGAGUUUGCGGACGGCCUGUGCUGUGUGUUGACGUCGCCGAGUCAGUCGAACCGAACAGCGCCACCGACACCGGUUCCGUCGGUUGUUAUGAGACGCCACGCCGACGGGAAGAAGAAAGACAGGCCACAAGUGACCAGCAUGGGUGGCCAAAAUGACAACAUGCUGAGUUAUGGCGUCCGGAGCAGUAUUGCUGCCUAUCUAUCCAUCUCCGAGUGUGAAGAAGCCCAAAGCAUGAGGGAGGAAAGUAGGCAGAAGAAGAGCAAAUCCUUUUAUGUGCUCCCUGAAAACGGUGGCCUUUAACCUUUUUUAACCCCCCCCUCCCCCUCCCGUAUCCUGUUAACAUGAUAAGCUCUCCACUGUCGUAACCGCUGCCCCUGAAAGAGUUAAAACGUUUUGCUGGCCUUGGGAGACUUCCAUAUAGGUGAUGCAUCACUUUAUCAAAAGAGUCACACUGGACUGGGGUAAAUUUCUGUUGUUUCCACAAUGUAGUUCUUUUUUUUCUCUCUGUCUCUCUUUCCCAUGAUGACUGCAACGACUGGAGAUGUCGUUUAUUUAAAUUUCCUCACAAACAUCCGGUCGGGCUUUUGACUAUUUCCCCCCCGGUGUCAAUGCACCAUCCUAUCACUCAAUAGCUGUGUGACAUCCUCGCCGCCUUGCAACCGCUAUUCUGUAUUCUGGCGCAAUAUCAACGUUUAGCCAUUGGAACAAAAACAAACUUAACGUUUGGACUUUAUAUUCCGAGCUCUGCGGAGAUUGCGUUUGAGAAUAUUUGACAAGGGCAAAUUGCAUUUGGAUGCAUUUAAAACCAUAAUAAAAAAACUUGAAGCUC